AUGGACGAAGAUGAAGAGUGCGUCGACGGAGAAGAAGCGCCGGAGGAAGAGGCAAUGGAGGGAGAUCGGGAGCGAUGGAUGAAUGUCGAGUUACAAACUGCCAUCGCGAAACAAGCGAGGACGGUCUUGGACACUCUCCCCAAGAUAGCCGGCAACUGCACGCUGACUCCACCACAGUGGAUGAAGGAGCGGCAUCUGCCGCCCAAUCUGGAGGAGCGCGCCGCUGCGGCGAUGAAAGCGGCGAAAGUGACACCAGCGAUGAGUACCCGGGUCGAGAACGGAGAGAUCAUUGAUGUGCUUUUGAAGGAGUCGGCCAUGGCCGUUUUCGCGACGACACAAGUUGUGUUCGCUCUCUACGUGCACGAGGUGAUGACAACCCCCGGCGGGGCGAAGGGAGUCAGGAUGAUCUGUCCAGGAUGCAAAUCGAAUUCGGAAGUGAAACCUCCUGGAGUAUCAGGGCAUGAAUUCCCAAACGCGGGUGCUCAAAAGGCAAUCAGCACGUUUGCGGUAUGA